GUCUAAAAAUAAGCCUGACAAUGACGGACGAAGUGCGACCCGAGGUGAUAAAGAAAACGCAAGAUCUGCUUGGAAAAUAUUUCAAGAAGCCACCGUUAACCGAAAAAUUACUCCGAAAACCGCCGUUUCGUUUCCUUCACGAUAUUAUAACGGCUAUCAUUAAAGAGACGGGUUUCUUGAAGGGAUUGUUCACUGAUGAGGAGUUAAAUUCGGAUAAUAUAAAGGAUAAGGAAGCGAAGCUCGCCUUCUUGACAAAACUCAUUGAUGUCGUCAAAUUAAUUUCGGGUGCUAAUUUAAUGGUCAGGGCAAGUAAGAUAAUUUCUGGUCAAGAGCCAACAAGGACAAAUGAAUUGCUGCAAGCCAUUGGAAAAUCCCUUGAUAAGAAAGUCAGUAGCACAGAAGCGAUCGAGCAUUAUAAGAAAAGUUUGGAAAAGAAAAAAACUGGAUCAAAAUCAAAAUCUACAGUUAAAGAAGAAACUUCGAGAAAGCCCGCACCGAGGCAGGCAUCGCAAACGAGAAAAUCGUCGGAGAAAGAUAAAGUUUCAGAGCGAAAGAAAAGAUCAUCUAGCACUGGGAAAGUAACGUCGAGUGAAGUAAAAAAUGUCGAUGAUAGGCCCAAAGAGAAAGCAAGAAAAGAGAAUAACAAAAAGGAAAGUUCGAAGAAUAUCGAACCCAUAGAUAUCCCACCAGCUGAGCCAAUUGAAAAUAAAGUUCCUGCUUCGGCGCAAAAAAGAAGACCUUCUUCGUCUGCUAAAGUGAAGGAGAAUGCAAUAAUCUCAACGACUGAAACUAUGAAGGAGGAACAGGUACAACAUCGGAUUUCCUCGAGUAAAAUAAGACAUUCGGCGCAAAUAAAUGGCUUGCAAGAGAAGAUAGCAAACCUGCCCCCGGAGCAGUCUCUUAAUGAAGACGAGAAUAAAUCAGAAACGAGCAAUAACAAGGAAACUAAGAAAAGUGAAAUAUCGGAAGAAAACAAAGAACGGCAACAGAGCGCUGAGAAGAAGGAGCACACACAAAUGCCAACGUCAGAACUUGCAGGAUCUCCAAAUGAAACGAUUACUGAAACGACCGUUUUGCAGCAAUCCAAUGUAAGGCCUAAAACCUCUUUAAGACCACCAAGUGCUAGACCUAUCAGUGCCAGACCGGCUGCUCCUAGGAUAAGAGCGAAGACAGAUUUUAUUGUCAAUGAGGAGAUACAGACACCAGUGGGAAAUAUCAGUGUUAUUGUAGAGAACGCCGACUUGAAGGAUGACGACGAUGCUGAAGAUAUGGUAGUCAUGGAAACUAAAGGAACCGUUGGCGAUAAUUUAGAAAACGGAGAUUACAAGAUAGACAAUCAGCUGAUGCAAGAGCAUGGACAUCUUGUGGCACAAAUCUUAGAGACCCAAAGAGAAUUGGUCAACACCGACAAUGUCGAUGUAUUACCAAAGAAAGUGGACAUUGCGUGGGAAUCAGGUUCGAAGCGUGAUCGAGAAGCAGCAGCUAAGGAAAUUGACAAAUUACGUGGAACUAUACAGACGCUAACGCGUACGACGAAUCCUCUGGGGAAAUUAUUAGAUUACGUACAGGAAGACGUAGAAAUGAUGCAGAAAGAAUUAUUGGACUGGCGAAAACAGUAUCGUCAAUUGAGCGAACAAUUGGAAAGAGAACAGAAAGAAACAGAAGAGAUGAUAGAGCCUAUGAAAGAAACAUUGAAAGAAAUUGAUGGCAACAUGAAGGUUCAAAUGGACAAGAUACGUCAAGUAAAAGCGCAAAUCACUAAAAACGACCAAAAAAUUCGGCGAUUACUUAAUGGUAAUUUAUAAUGUAUGUAUAUUAUUUACUGUUAUGAAUUAGACUGUAAAUAUCUUUACAAACUAUUGAAAAUAUAUAAAAUUAUUUCAUCAUCAAUUAUAUAUAGC